AAAUACUCUGUGACAGAGGCAGGGACCUUGGGACCGAGUGGUUGAUUGUCACGUCCGGAGGUUUCCUUCCCAGGCCCUGCGCAGGCCCUCACCAUGCCCACACACUCCCCUGAAUCAAUUUUGGAAGACUUUGAGUACGAUGAGUAUGCUGAAGCCUGUGAUAUGGGGGACAUCGUGGCCUUUGGGACCGUCUUCCUGUCCAUACUCUACUCCCUUGUCUUUGUCUUCGGCCUGCUGGGGAAUUUGCUGGUGGUGUUUGCCCUCACCAAUAGCCAGAAGCCCAAGAGUAUCACUGACAUUUACCUCCUGAACCUGGCCUUGUCUGAUCUGCUCUUUGUAGCCACCUUACCCUUCUGGACUCACUACCUAAUAAGUGAACAAGGCCUUCACAAUGCUGUGUGCAAACUCACCACCGCCUUCUUCUUCAUUGGCUUUUUUGGAGGCAUAUUCUUUAUCACUGUCAUCAGCAUUGAUAGGUACCUGGCAAUUGUCCUAGCGGCCAACUCCAUGCACAACCGGACCGUGCAGCAUGGCGUCACUAUCAGCCUAGGUGUCUGGGCGGCAGCCAUCUUGGUAGCAGCACCUCAGUUCAUGUUCACAAAACAAAGAGAAAAUGAAUGCCUCGGUGACUACCCUGAGGUCCUGCAGGAUCUCUGGCCUGUGCUCCGCAAUGUGGAGGCAAAUUUGCUUGGCUUCUUGCUCCCCCUGCUCAUUAUGAGUUACUGUUACUUCAGAAUCAUGCGGACACUGUUUUCCUGUAAGAACCACAAGAAAGCCAAAGCCAUCAAACUGAUCUUUCUGGUGGUCAUCAUGUUUUUCCUCUUCUGGACACCCUACAAUAUCAUGAUUUUCUUAGAGACUCUUAAUCUCUAUGACUUCUUUCCCAGUUGUGACAUGAAGAGGGAUCUGAGGUUGGCCCUCAGUGUGACCGAGACAAUUGCGUUUAUCCACUGUUGCCUCAAUCCAUUUAUCUACGCAUUUGCUGGAGAGAAGUUCAGAAGAUACCUUAACCACUUAUAUCGGAAAUGUCUGGCUGUCCUGUGUGGCCAUCCUGUCCACAUCAGUUUCUCCCCAACUGAAUCACAAACGAGCAGGCGGGAAAGCAUUUUGAGCAGCAAUUUUACUUACCACACCAGUGACGGAGAUGGGUCCAUCCUUCUCUGAAUGAAUGAAUACCCAAAGCCUUAUCUCUUGAUGAACUGAAUGCCCCCAAACAACCCCAAAGCAUUUUUGAGAAUGUAAGAAUGUCCCUAACUACAAAUGCCAGGGCUUUUUGUUUACAAAUGAUAAAAAUUUAACUCAGACUAACUUAAUGAAAAAGGAGGUGGGGAGUAUUAUUCAUAAGGUGGCUUGUGCAAGAGAGUGGAUGUGCCCUCAAAGUAGAAACUAGGGCUUGAGUCCAGCAAGAAUUUCCUCUCUCUGGCUCUCAGAUCUCUGAGUGGUGACACAGCUUAGCCAAUAAUGAGACACUGAGACCCAUCCCUCUCUGGUCCCAAGGUUAAAAUUCCCAGGGAAGGGCUUUCAUUGGCCAAGUUUGAAUCAGAUGUCCAUCCCCAGACCAGAUUGUAUCCAUGGGGGGAGAAUAGAUAAGAUGGCAGCUUCCAUUCCAGUCUCAUGGUUAAAAGUGCCAGGAGUCAUAGUUCCAAGAAGCUGGAGGGCUAGGUGCUUUUUUGAUCUGAUAGAACAAGAGCUGCCCAUCAACCUAGUUGUCUGGGCCAACCUCCUCACUGAUCACACCAGCCAGCACACAUUGCCAACCUCCUCUCCCUGAAACCCCUUUCUAUCAUGCCCCCAAACUUACAAUGGUUGCCCAGUGCCUACUGCAUCAAAUUUGAGAUCCUCCAUCAUGCAGUCCCACCAACAGAUUUCCCAUUUCGUCCUCUUUCUGAAAGAAUCCCUCCUCUCAGCCAGCCAGGUCUCUUCCAUCCAGCCAUAUGCGUCAUCACCUGCUUCCAGGCCCAGGAAGAUAAAUAGAAAGAACCCUGGCCCAAACUAAGAAGGGAUGGCUUCCAAUCCCAGCUCAACACUUGGCGCACUGAGUAGCUUGAAGACAGCCCAGC